GUUUUUAUUUUCUCGCUUUAAGCCCUAUAAAAAUAGCCAAAACAAAGUCAGCUGUGCUUUAUCUUUCUUGGAAGGAGCAAAAACUGCAAAUGUUUUUUAACAAAUCGGUUACACCGGCUAGGUUAAGUCAAUAUCUAGCCAGCCGCGUGGUAAGGAACAGCACUACCACUACUAGCACUACUACCGACUACAAUGAAGUGCGACAUCACGAAAACCAAUCUGAAAAUUGGUGGAAUCCCAGUGGUCCGAUGGCAGCAUUGCAUGCCUUGAAUGAAAUAAGAGUGCCCUUUAUACGUGAUGGCCUAGUGGCGCGUGGCCAAGUUAAUGCAGAUUAUAUAAAUACCACAAAUGUGCUACAGGAUCAGAAAAUGUUGGAAGUUGGUUGCGGCGGAGGUCUGUUAACGGAGCAGCUAGGACGUUUAGGUGCUGAUAUCACUGGCAUCGAUUUGGGUGAGAGACUCAUACAACGGGCGUGCAAACAUUUAAAUGAAUCGAGUCCAGAACUGGUAACGAAAGUGAAAUAUAGACUUGAAUCUGUGGAUCAACAUGCCAAAGCACAUGGUGAAUUCUAUACUGCGGUCAUUGUUUCUGAGGUACUGGAGCAUGUGGACGAUAAGGUUGGACUCUUGGAGGCCUGUGUACGUUCACUAAAGCCGGGUGGGUCGAUUUUUAUUACCACCAUAAAUAAAACUUUACCCAUGUGGAUAGGCGGUGUUCUGAUUGGAGAAUAUGUGCUUAAUUUAGCACCUAAAGGUACGCAUCAUUGGGACAAGAUGAUCUCGCCGUUAGAUGUGCAGCGCAUACUGGACACAAUGAAUUGCCAGACUGUUUUAAUCAACGGUAGUACCUAUGAUUUCUGGAGAAAUACUUGGCGCUGGAUUAACUCGACCCAAAUGUGUUAUGCCCUACAGGCGGUGAAACAAACUUAAUAAUUUUAAAGAGCUUGUUUUAUUAAAUGUAUACUAAAUAACUAUUUUCUUGUAGAAAUGAACUAAUUUUCUUAAUCGUCA